UUUUACCUCUGUCUUGUUGAAGGCUACUUUCCUAAUGGUGAUGAUGACAAUGGAUCUAAUAUUAUUCCUGUUUUUUGUGAUCAACCUAUUGGCACCAUUGAUGCUAAAUUAGGACUGCAAGCCGUCUUAUCCGAGGGACAAGGCGGAAAAAGAGCUCGUACAGCAUUUAUUCGAAUUGCUUGGCAGCCAACGGAUGCUAGAAAACCCUCUUUGAAUGGAACGAGUAUUUUACUUUGUCGUAUUUACACCGGAAGGACCCAUCAGAUUCGCGUCCAUCUUCAAUACCUUGGUAAAUCUUUUGUUUACAUUUUUCUCAUGGAUGCUAAAAAUGGUUCAUAA